AUGCCCAUGACGGACGAGACAGACGACAGCGGAGGGGUCAUCUUGGAUGGUCCCUUUGAUCCCGAUGCCCAGGCCACAGUAACGGACUUUAUCGACUACACUGAAUAUCUUCCCGCAGACCUUAUCCGCUCCUUGACCCUCAUCCGCGGCCUCGAUGAUCGAUACCUCGACUCGGCGCAAGCGGUGCACCAACUGACCCAAAUAUACGGCCAACUCCCAGGCCUCCCCUCAGAUAGCCGACCGGGUGCGAUCGCAUUGCGCAAAGACAUAUCCUCUCAGGUGGACCGCGCCAUAAAUGCGCGUGAAUCGGCAUACGCCGAAGCCUGUCGGCUCUACGAUGUUGUAGAUCGCCACUUCGAUCGACUAGGCUGCAUCCGCCAGAAGCUCGAAGCACUGCCAAAACCUGCCUCAGAGGAACCAUCACCUCCGCCUGUACCUACCCCGAAGCGUGCGCGCGGAGGCAAGAAGACCCACAAGGAUACCACGACGCGUAUCACCCUUCGAUUAGACAAUCGCAAUCGGAGAGACAAUAGGAGGCGCAUUUCAGGCGUGGAUGGGGCUUUUGACCCAGACUCUCCACUUGCCAGCACUGAGCAAUCGGAUAUUGAGGGCGAAGUGGUCAGAUCUGUCCCCAAGCCGCCUCGACCCCCGAAAAAGGAGAAGGCACGGCGCCUGAGCUCGGGUAUCGGGCAGUCAACGGCUCAGGCUCUUGCACAACUGAAGCCGCCGCCACCUGAUGCAAAGUUGGGCAGCGAGGACCUACCAUGGCUGCGAUUGACAGAAUGGGAAAUGACCAGGCUGCGGAAGAAGAUGAAAAAGAAUGCUGUGUGGCAACCGAGUGAAGUUAUGAUUCACCGAGAGCUGGCCCUGGCAAACCGUGGCUGGGAGGCAUACCGUGCAGCGAAGGCCCUGGCAGACGAGACAGGCGGGGAGUUCACCGACUGUGAUAAUAUUGAGGAGACCCGACGCGGGGAGGCUGCCAAAGAUUUGGAGGAGACGAAACUGAGCAAUCGGGGAAUGAAAUUAAACGAAGCGAAGAAGUUGAAGCGCGAACAACUGGCUCGGGAACAAGCAUUGUUGGAAGGUGAAGGUGGUGCGCUCAAGCCUUUGCCAACUCCGGCUCAACCAACUCCAGCUGCAAACCGAUCAUCACGGAAGAGGAAACGGGAAGAGGUUCCAGCUGAGGAAACAGUCACCGUUCCUCCGGAGCCUCCAAAGCCCAUGCCCGUCGCUGCCCCGGUCGCACCUCCCGCCCCUAUUCCCGACCCUGUUCCUGCGCCCUCUGCCAGGGCCGGGGCCUCUCGGCGUAGAUCCAGCCGAGGAGCUGCGCCGGUCGCAGAAACCACCAACGAUAUCAUCUCGACGAUCAAGACCCGCGUGUCUCCCGCGGCCGAAGUCAAACUCUCCCCUCCUAUCCCCAGCCCGACAGGCUCCCGGCGAUCUAAUCGGUCCGUUAUUCAAGCUGUUACUUCACCCACACCUCCGGUCACUCGGCCUUCGUCGCGACGCUCUGCAGCUACUGCAUCAAUUGAAGGAGGAGCUGGGACUUUGAGCAGCAUUCCAACUGCAAUUGCAGCAAGUGGACGUGAUCGUCGUAUCAAAAGCGCAACACCUGCCCACAAACCCCCCGCCCGAGAGUCAUCUCACGCGCCAAGCGUCCCCGGCCCGGCCCGCCGACGCAAGCGUCCGGCACCAGGUCCCAUCUCCAAUGGCCAGGAUGGCGGCGCGGCAGUCAGCUACGGACGUCGCAAAGCCAAGCCAGGCAAAAAGCGACUCAGCAUCCGGGACUCCCAGGACGUGCGUGUCGAUGAAGAUGGCGUUCUGGAGCAGAUCGAUGCCAAUGAACCUCGAUACUGUCUUUGUGGGGAUGUUAGUUUCGGCACAAUGAUUUGUUGUGAGAAUCAAGAUUGUGAUCGUGAAUGGUUCCAUCUCAGCUGCGUGGGUCUAACUGAAGUCCCCUCUCGCACGGCCAAAUGGUACUGUCCCCAGUGCCGAGUCAAGCUGCACAUGGGUGUAGAUGGAAUUAUCAAGGGUGGAUCGCGGCGUUAA